CUGGAGAGGUGCGUGAAAAUGACCGUUGCCCAUUCUCUCACUCGCGAGACACACGAAAACGGACAAGAGCGCCCUGCAUGCACGCACACAACUGUGAUGUAUGCAUGCAGCCCGGCGAUCCUUAUCCUCCAGGGCCUUUUUUUUUGGCGUGUUUCUUUCUUUGUUUUCAUUUCUUCGACUACCGUCUGUCUUCCCGGUCGCUUUGUCCUGCUGUUUCUUCUCUUUGUUUCCCCUCGUCGAUUCCUUUUUCUUUCUUCUUCUGCCACAAUCGCAUCAGCGGUUUGCAAUGGUGAAUAUGAAAAGCGGCUGUUUCCAAGUAGUCGGAUUUUCUUUUGUGCGCCCUCGCCUACAUAUCAAACCCCUUUUCUCUCUCUCGUUUUAUAAACCUGCCCUCCCCCUGAAACCCCGGGGAGGCCUUAUGAGAUUCAGACAUUUGUAGAAUAAAAAUGUUUCUUAUCAAAAGCAGCAGCAUCUUCGUCCGCUGCUAAAUGGGAC